GGCAACAAUAACCAACACAGCGUCCAGUCUACCGGAAACUCACACGAAGAAGAAGUAAACAGAAAGCGAACAGUGACUAAGAACAAUUUCCAUUUUAGCGUUUUCAUUGUUAUUUGGACGUUUAUUAACACCCUGGAACUCAAUAGAUGACUCAUUUAACUGCACAGCACCACAUACUUGCAGUGUGUAGUGUUUAAUACGCGCUGGAGACUGGACUUGUUUGAUAGAUGUUUUCUAGGUAACGCUAACAAUGGCUAACUGUAUGGUUUUUCACACUCAAAUGGCCUCCAUCAUGGAGGUGCUAGCGAAUGCAGCUGUAGCAGAGAUCUGUAAACUCGUAGACGACGAUUAUGCAGUGUUUCGUUUGGAAAUAACUCAAAGCCAGAAAGAAAACAGGGGAUUGCGAAGGAAACUACAGCUACUGGAAAUGAAAGUGGCACGAGAGCGCGUCCUCGCCAGUCGUCCCAGUAGUGUCAAGAUCCUCGACCGACACAGAGGAAUGGCAAGAGGUGAAGGACAUCUCACUGGAGGCUACAGGAGCUCUGUGAAGCCAGCGGGACACAAUACAUGGAGAGAUGACCAACCAAUCACUGUUGAUGAGGGGAGUGGAACCUCAACCCAGAACGUUAUCAUGCUAGAGUCUGCAGAUGCAGAGUCUGCAGGUCCUGGAGUCAAGCAGGAGAGGUCUGAAGGAGAGGAGGACACACAGCACAGCAGAGACAUCCAGGCUGGAGCGCCCCCUGUAAUCACAGAGGAACCCACCACUGUCCCAGCACAGCCCAGGACCCGACGCAGCAUCACGGAGGUCAGUGGAACGCAGAACGCCGUCCUCAAGUCAGAGAUCGACACCAAGACUUUAACUGUGACACACAGGCUCUUACACACAGGUUCUGAUCACAGAUCAGACCCAGAGAGACUUGGGCGGGGGAGACUGGGCUGUCCUCCUGCUCCCGGUUCUGACUACUUACCGGUAUUUCACCAGAGGAUGGUUCAUUGCCGUGGGGAUGGUGAUGAUGACGCGAUAGACACUGGUGGUGAUGAUCCGUCUUGUUCUUACACUACGGAGAUGGACCCUGGCAACAUGCCCUUGGGUUUAGAGACACAGACUGAUCUGUCUAGAGGGGACUGGAACCAGUACAGUAGUAGUGUAUACACUGAAGGGUGCCUAGAUGAGAAAGAGGAGGUUAUAGUGGUAGAUGAGGUGGCUGUGAAAGUAGAGGGCGUCAUUCCUCCCACAUGGAAUGCAGAUAGUUCCCUAGGAAACAGACACUCACAAGGCAGAGAUUUCUUAGAUUACAGGGAAAGCUUAGAGACAAAUCCAAAUGUUGAGACCCACUCCCCUUCACACGCAUUCAGUGAUCGCGACCCAGUGUCCACGUCGGUGGGACCUUCCGAUUCACACGCCCGCGUCCCUUUUGAUCAGGUAUUGAACUCAAAGGACCAAAGGGCCAAGGCUCGGGGAGGGGGAGCAACAUCAGGCAAUAGUAAAGAGAAACGGUUCCUCUGCAUGUUCUGUAACAAAGGCUUCAGCUGCUCCCAGAAUGUGGAGAUCCACCAGAGAGUCCACACAGGAGAGAAACCUUACAGCUGCCCCCAGUGUCACAUGCGUUUCGCCCAGUCUGGCAGCCUGAAGCGGCACCAAAGGGUCCAUACGGGGGAGAAACCCUACAGCUGUCCCCAGUGUGAGAAGAGGUUCUCCCGCCAACACCUGCUGAAGACGCACCUGAAGGUUCACACGGGAGAGAGGCCGUACGCCUGUACGCACUGCGGGAAGAGGUUCUCAGAGAGGAGCUCCCUCCGGAUACACCAGCAGAAAAAUCAUUCCACUCUAUAACAUAGAAAGUUUGUUUAGAUCAAACCCUGCAAUAAAUAUAGACUCAGCGACAUGACUUAGAUGCACAAAGUAAACAGCGGUAGUGGGUCAAUUUCUACAACAACUAAGAGCGUUGAUGCACAAGGCUAAACUUCUCUGAUGUUUUGGUCCUGCACCUUGUAGCAGCGUGAAGCGAACCCGUGUACAUGUGCAGAUACUCUUUCUGACUGUGUGAGACCAUCACGCUCAUCACAAUAUGUGGUUCUGCUCGUGGCAACCACAUAACAAGUCUUCCUUUUAAAGACAGGUUCAUUUUCAUUGUUGUCAGAAUAACAGAUUUCAGUGUUGAAUAUUCCUGGGUAGAAUAUUGCAGUCAGGCAUUGUGUGAUACACAUAUAAUUACAGUGCCUUCAGAAAGUAUUCACACCACUUUACUUUUUCCACAUUUUGUUGUGUCACUGGCCUACACACAAUACCCCAUAAUGUGAAAGUGGAAUUAUGUUUUUAGACAUUUUUACAAAUGAAUAAAAAAUUAAAAGCUGAAAUGUAUUGAGUCAAUAAGUAUUCAACCCCUUUGUUAUGGAUAGCCUAAAUAAGUUAAGUAGUAAAAAUGUGCCACAUAAGUUGCAUAGUGUUUAACAUGAUUUUGAAUGACUUCCUCGUCUCUGUCACACAUACAGAUAAUUGUCAGGUCCCUCAGUCGAGCAGUGAAUUUCAAACACAGAUUC